GUCAUUCCUCAGUUUUCGCUCUUGACUCCUGUCUGUCACCCCGUGGAAACUCGAAAUCUUUGUUACAAAAGUAGAAAAUAGAAAAAUAAACAUAGUGGAUGCAGAGUACUUCACUUUACAAUGAAAAAGCAAAGAACAGACGUGCAAUGAUGAAAUAGUACCAAGUUUUGUGUCUUAUCUGGGUAAAGUUGAAACAUGUCUUCAGUUGGGCAACUGGUACCACAAGUAACAAAAGGGCCGCCUAAUACAACCUACACAUUUAAUGGCCCACACAUAGAAGGUUCAUUCUGCACCAGCAUAAAUACUAAUUAUGAUCCAGUUGUAAGCGUCAUAUGUGCUAUGUAUAUUGUUUUUGGAAUAGUAUAUUCCCUUUUUGGUUAUCGAUGUUUUAAAGCAAGUAUGUUCUUGACGGGGUUUACAUUCGGUUCUGCCAUUGUGUAUCUUAUAUGUCUACAAGAAUAUUUGAUGCCACCAUAUGGAAAUGUUGGUGUUGCACUAUGUGCUGGACUACUUUUCGGAUUAAUAACAAUGCUUAUCCAGUAUGUUGGACUGUUUAUGACUGGAUUUCACACUGGAUUGUUGAUUGCUAUUGCUGGUCUUGCUGUAUAUGAUCAUUUUCUGGAUAGCAGACUCAAUACGUAUUGGCUAUGUGUCGUCUCAUUACUUUUGUCCGGAAUAUUUUUCGCCGUUAUCAACUUGUACUGGAAGAAAGUUUUGACUAUCUUCGGUACUAGUGUGUAUGGCGGCGCUGUAAUCGCUACAUCUCUAGAUUAUUUUGUUGAAAGAAUGGUUAUGCUGAAAUGGCUGUGGGAGCGUGCAAAGCUGGAGCCAACUGUGCCACCUCCUUGUACGAUAUCGUGGUUCACUUUAGCUGCUUGGCCGACCGUCGCCAUUGUCGGUUUCACUGCACAAUGUGCUCUCACAGGCACAGGAAUAUAUCACGAACAGAGCAUAAGCGCACAAAAGCGUCAUCUCAAGGCACAGCAGGCAAGACCUGUCACACGCGAACAACGCGCAGAGAUGAAACAGCGCAAAUAUCGUUAUCUCUAUCAGGUGCGGACUGCACAUGGCGAUGUCAUUUCACAGUCAUACGUACAAGCAUUGCAAAAGAAGGCACAAUGUGGUAUUUGGACGGGUAGCGGUGGUGGAGAAUGUAGUACUCUGCAAAGUGAUUCAACACACCUUACAGUAUUGGCUGGCUCGGAACAAGCCCCGCCCACUGAUUCUGACGAUGACCUUGAACAGAUUCGAGCUGCGCACUAAAUUUGGUAACUCAGAAACGAUCUCUACGGGAAUUUAUUUUUCUUAUUCCAGUAUUAUCUUUAUGAAUUUCAAACGUAUAUAUGUUAUUAGAUAUUCUUCUAUAUGAAUUUAUUAUUGUAAGUAAUGUGAUAAUAUAUAUUAUAAGUUUUUAUUUUAUUUAGGCCUCAAUUUUAGUUUAACAAUAUACAGUUUUUACUUAGUUCUUUAUAUAAUUUCGCGACAACAAUUUUAAUAUGGAUAUUUUUUGUACUAGAUUUGAAUCUGUACAGAAAGGGAACCGUCAUAGUAGCAGUUUGGUGAAUAAUUUAAAUGACGCGUGAAAAAGACUUACAUUACAUAGUUUCAUUUCUCAGACUUCACUAGAUAAUUCUAGUAAUAUAUAAGUAAUAGUCGACUUUGUAAAAAAUCAGGUUCAUUUCUUUUAUUCGCCAAGCUAUGGUAACUUUUGGACCUAAAUAAUCUUUUACGACUAAACAACAGUGCAACACAUUUUCAUUGUUAGAUAGUGUACAAUGCUAUGUUCGGUUAACACUGCCAAUAGAUUAACGAAAUAUAAAUAAGUAUUUUGGCCCUAAAAAUUAUGCAGUUAUUAGAUUUAAAUUAUCAUUUUGUAAAAUCAUAAACUUCGCAUGUGUGCAUUCUAUCAUUUCAUCAUAAAAGUACAGAAUAAAUCGCAUAGACUUCUGUAUGUCAAUAUCAAUAGAGUUUUUAUGUUUUUGACAUACAGGAGUAUUCUUUAUUUUAUUUUAAAUUCCUUAUCUCCCCGACGUUUGUGGUGUGGGAGAUUAUUCACCUAUCUUAUCUUCACUUAUCCAAUAAUAUUACUAGUAUUUAUAGACGAGUGGAGCUUUUGUAUUUUGAGCGUCCAAAUCCUAUCCCUUUCGUCAGAAGCUUUGUUAAAUAUGAUUAUUCAUUAUGACUUGUAAUUUUUGUGGUAUGUAACCGUACAUUUUUUCUGGUGUUGUGAUUCUGGAUUUGAUUGAGCCUAGCUCGUAUUUGCAGUUCAUGUUCACAAUGGGUAACUUUGAUUAAAGUCUUCACUGUUAAUCAUACAGUUGGAACAAAAAUUAAUAGUUUAGCUGUACUAAAAAAAUAAUAGAUAUUGUCGUACAAUCAGCAAUUUAGGUACUAUCAAAGUUAGCCAAUUGUUAAAGUAUUAUGUAAAGGAUACGAAUUUCUUGCCUCAUUUUCUAUUAAGUAUUCUUUUUAUUAAAAACAGCACAAUAUGAUUGUGAUUGACGACCUUGUGAAGGGUAUAGUGUAGUACUAACAAUAAAAUUUUACGUAACGUAAGAGAACGCUCUAUUUUUCACGUUUAGCGUAACUCAAAGGUUGGCUGGUUUCAUAUUUUUUCCAAUUGGAAAUAUCGGAUUUGUACUAAAUAUGAAAUCCAGAAUAUUUUCGAUGCUUAGCAUAUUUUAUUACAAUGUUACAUACGCUGCUCAAACUGAGAGAAUGGCUAGUUUCUUAGUGAUAUGUUUAUUUUUGGCCAAAGUUUAUUUUAGUUAUUAUUGGGCUAAGAGCACAAUUGUUUUAUUUUAAGAAUAUUUACUAUUUUCGCUUUUUACGCUUGAAUAUAAACGCUUCUUAAACAUUCCUUUAUACACAAAUAUAUUGUUAUGUAUGGCCCUAGUGUAUAUCAGUGGUAGUUGGUAAUGUUUAGUUGUAAUGUAAUGCAUAAUAUAUUAUAUAAUACGUAAGUUAAGUUAAGCAUAGAUUAGUAGAUUUUGUCUCUGUUCACCCAGUUCCAUAUAAUCGCUCAAUAUCUAGUCCUACUGAUUUAUAAAAUCUAAGAAACAUAUAAAUAAUACUUUAUCUAUGCAGCCAAUUGUCAUAAUCGUUAAUGUGUAUUUUUUUAAUUUAAAUAUAACUUAUUUUGUAAUUAUUCAAGGUGUUGAAAUGAAUUUGUUUUCGAAUUUAAUAAUAAUAAUAUAAUUUAUUUGUGUAGGUAACUUAUGUACAUUUAUAAACGUCAGUAAAAAAGUUAUUUUCAAAGCCGUAGACUAGAAGAAGACUCAGUAUAGUCAGGUAUAUUUGCUAAAUGUUUGUAUGAAGGUCCUUGGAUCUGUAUCUCGUAAGUAGCAUUAGAUAAGGCGUUACAAAUUUUGCCCAACUAAGAGGCAAUGCCAAAUAAAAUUAUUUUUAAUAUCAGUAACGAUGGAUACUUAUAAACGUCAUAUUUGAAAGAGAUACUCAAGAUCAAGCGUCGAUUUGGCAGAUUUUUAGAAUAUCAUGUCCUAGCUGAUCCGAAAUUGACAGUAACAAUACUAGUUAUUUCUGGCAUAAACGACGAUAUUAACGGUAAAAAAUUAGUAUUUUUACCAGAUUUUUUUCGUACAAACAAAACUGGGUUUAGGACCAUGACCUGCAUGUUAAUUAGUACUCAAUAUGUAUUUAUUUUUAGUGAUGUUGGCACGUUUCAUGAGAGCUUUGAUUGUAGGGUAGUCCCAAUAUACUAAAAAUAGGGUAGAACUGUUUUCGUUUUACAUUAAAGGAAUUAACACUUAAAGCAUUGACUAUUUGUAUAUAUAUUUUCUGUAAAAAAUAUCUCUUUUAUUAACAGCUCAACGGAUUUUCGAUAACAAUUUUUCUUUGUUUUCAAGUAGAGAAUGUUUACGAAUAGAGGUCACAUAUAACCGCAAUUUCUAUACUGUUCACUUCGGUUUUCCGUCACAUAUGGACUAGACUACAUCACAGCGAUCAUGAAGGUUCUUGUUGGUAAUUGGCAUAUUUUUAUUUUCCUUGUUAUGAGCUUGGUUGAUGUAUAUUAAAUUGUAAUGCACAUU